ACAAUAUUGCGACCACACGAAAUAUGCAUAUCAUAUUUCGAAACAAACCAGGGCACUUACAUUGGAUCACAUUGCAUUUCCGCUGCACAUUUAAUAUGUUCAAACGAAUAUUGCGAUAGCAAUUAACGUCACAAUAAAUAGUGCAACAUAAAUAUUUGAGGGAAUGCAAUUGAUGUAAUGUGAGAAGUAGGCCACUUGACAAAUAUUGUCGCAACUACAAGUGGUUGAGCCAAAAUAAUAAUAAGAAAAGAAAUAAUGUAUUUUGUAUCAGAAAAUAGAACUUAGCUUAAGAAAAUAUUGGAAAUAAAUAAACAGAAGAAUUCUGACGAUCAAUCCGACAAGUCGUAGUUUUCUUUUCGCGGUUCACUAAACUGAAGUUUAAUAACCACAACUGGCGCAGUCGACGGAACUUUGUCCUUAGACAAAGAAAAAGAGCCUGACACAACAUAAAUAUUUUAGAGUGAACUUCUGACAUAUUACGAAAUCGCCAAAAGUCAUUGAAUCAUUUAUAAGAAACUUACUAUUGCUUGCGGGUUCAAACAGUGUUACAUCAUUUUAUAAAUAUAAAAGAACUAACUUCUUGAAGAAAAAAAAAAAAAAAAAACAUAAUUCUACACAUUUAACUACCACAAUGGCAAUCACCAACAACGAUCUAAACCAGAUAUCAGCGUCGGACCUCCUUAAGGAAGCUGCGAAAAUCAAAGAGUUCAGAGGCGACGGGACCUACGACAUAUCUUCAUUCAUUGGAGAGGUGGAACUGAUCCUGCCCUUGUUCGACGAGAACCAAGCGGUCAAAAAUUAUGUAUGGGAGAGACACAUAAAGACCAAGAUCCAAGGAGAGGCGCUCCAGAUAAUACGGACACUAAACAGAGACUCAUCGUGGGACGAAGUGAAGACAGAACUGAUACGGAACUUCGGAAUAAGGGAAAGCUACCACCAACUCUUCCACCAGGCCAUCACAACCAGGCAGUAUAAUGGGCAAUGGAUCCUGAAACUUUUGAUCCUGACAGCAAUUUGGACCCUGGGGCUGGGACAAGUAACAAUAGAUAAAAUAGAAAGCAAUAAAGGAUAUAUAGAAAUACAAACAGGCGAUGCAGAUAUAGUUAAGUCAUAUGUAACAAUAUUACACGUUAUAAAUCCACUAGAAAUAUCAAAUUUACUUAAUGAAAUAGAAUCUAAUAUAAAAUCGGCAAAUCUGCAAGUAGGACAAGCAAUACUAAACAUGCAAAUUAAAUUUAUUAGAAGCAAGAUAAAUACUAUCACACCCCACAGACAAAAAAGAGGCCUACUAAAUGCUGUAGGAACUGUACAAAAAUGGCUUUACGGUACCAUGGACGACAAUGAUAGACAAGACCUUGAACAACACCUCAACAUAAUCGACACAAACAACCACAAGGCUAUCGAAACAAUAAACAAACAAAUAGAUAUUAAUACUAAUUUCAAUAAAACGUUUCUUGAAUUAAAAAGACUUAUGCAUAACGAUAGGGAUAUGAUAUCUGCAAAACUAAACUCCAUAGGGAGCAUAACCUUAAUGGCCGGCAGCACGCAUAAAGAGGGGGCGGGAGGAGAUGCCAGGCAGCAGUUUAUGCCUCAACGUCAAGGCAGUGCGAGCGCACGUCUUAAUGCAAUCGAUGGCAAUUCGCUUUAA